AUGAAAACUUACACUAAAUCAUAAUUAUAUUAAGAAGAAAACAUCCCAAUCAAAAUUUAGCAACAGGAACAAAUCCAAGGCACAGAAAUGAAACAAGAAAACAAUAGGAUAACAUCCUCAAUACCAGUUUGUGUAAAAACUAGACUCCCCGAAUCUCGAAUCUACAUGAAUAAUAGCAAAAUUCCAUAGUUUUAAGAAGUGUAAAUUCAUUGGUCAGAACGAGCUCCAAUUCAAUAAGUAGUAGCUUAAUAAAUUGUUUCUGAUGUCCGCUAAUCAUCUGUGGAGCAAAUAAAUAAUUAAUAAAUGGCCUAGCCUGUAAGUAGGCCAUAUUAACCUGGAUCUGGGUUUCCGACUCGCUAAAAUUUGCCAUAGAUUCCGAAGAUGAGACACUCAUAGUAUCUAUAAUGCAAUUGGUGCAAUUAAGAAGUACAUUCCAAAGUUGAAUAUCGAAUUGGACUUUCAUAAUUGUUGCUUUGUAUUUUUUUGUUUCCUGCUUUUGGAGUUGGUUUUAUUUUUGUAUGCUGUAACGUAAGAAUUUAUAUAUUAGCAUAGAUGUAUAAAGACUGUUAUCACUUCUGCACUAAUUGUUGGUGCGAAAUAGGAAGAGUAAAAUUGAUUGAUUUUAAUUCUUGAUAUUAAAUUUAUAAUAUUUA